AUGCCUCAUAUUAAUCCCAAGUUGAAAACAAAGAAAGACAACAGAUUAUCUGUUGACAACCCCGCAACUGUGCCCACGUCAGGUGAUGCUGGAAACGUAUCUGCUGCAGGUCCAUACAACUUUGACGACACCACCAACGCCUCUCCUCAUCACUCCAACCUCCAGCAACAACAGCAGAACCAGCAGCAACCCCCCCAGCAACCCCAACCAGGACCACAACAGCAGCAGCAGCCGCAGCAGCAAACACAACAGCAACAAUCAACCAAUACAGCUGGAAUUGACAAUAACCCGUUGUCUAGCCUCUCGGUAAAGAUCGUCCAGCAAAUUAAUAACCAAACUGAGCACCCCCAGACUAUUCACACUAACGUAACGGUCACUAGCGUUAAGACCCAGUAUGGGUCAUCUACUACAAGUUCACCCCAGUCAAGCAGUAUACAGACCAGUGUUGAGUGUAAGCAAGAACCUUGUGAUGAGUCACAGUGUUUAGGGAACCAGUCAAACCCAAAUGCUAACAGCAAUAAUAUCUCUGAUAAUAUAAUCAGCACUUUGAAUUUGGAUCCGGAAAUAAUCCAAACUAUUCUUGAAAAUUUAGAGCAAGAAGAUUUUAAAGGAUUAGACGAUUUCGAAGACGCCUACCUUGAUAAAGAGAACCGCGACGAAGAAAACAAUGACUCAAUAAUGUUCCCACCAUUGACUGCCACUUCUCCCAGCCUCCCACCAAAAGGCCCCCCAUUUGUGGACACUCCACCUCCAGGUGCCAACCCUCUUAAUCCGAUUUACGACACCAACCAGAACAUGGGUGGUGUGCGCACACCUACUCCGAUUCAAACAUUCCGGGCUUCCCACCAGCAUCCCCAGCCGCACGUUCUUUCGGACACCGGUCCUGCGGCAGAGACCCUCAAGCAGAUGGCCGCACAGCACCAAAACCAAAAUUACGCCAUGAAAUCUCCGGCGCUCGGAGGUUUUCCCGAUCCCGGGUCGGAUUUGGACCAGUUCAGCCGGGGAAACGGGUAUGCUGCGAGCUAUCCGCCAGGACCGCCCGGUUUGGCUGGGCAAAACUCCUACACCUAUGGUCAACAGCCACCCCCUCACCUGAACCAGCUGCGGGGUCAGCAGGUACCGCCUGGUUACCCACAGCCCUUGCCCGGAAAAGCAGACUUGGCGCUGCCCUUCGGGGCCACCAAGCCUCUAUCUCAUUACCCUGAUCCUAUGGGGGUGCAGGUGACGUCAGCUCAAGGUGGCCCGUCACCUUCAUCCCUGCAGCAGUUACAGGACCAGGUGCGUGCACACUUCAACCAGAAUCAGGGCCCACAGUCAAUGCAGAUCACGCAGACCCAGCAAAUGCAGGUUUCUCAUGGAGCACACCGCAUGCAGAUGUCUCAGACGCAACAGCUGCAAAUGCAGCAGGCCCCCCACCAGAUCUCCAUGAGUCAACAGCAGUCAAUGUCUCUGAACCCUGGUGCAAUGUCACAAGGUCAGUACAUGACUGAACAGAUGAAUCUAAUGCAUGAAAAGCACGCCGAGCACGUGUGCCAGACCAAAUCUCGCGAUUCAUUACUUGAACAACAACAGCAGCAGCAGCAGCAGCAGCAGCAACAGCAACAGCAGCAGCAACAGCAAGCAACCACAGGUGGUCAGCCAUGCCCCCCACCCAUUCAGCAAUAUAUGGGCCGACCCCCACCACCCGAGUAUAAACUGCAGACUAGUUCAAACGGCAGCGCCUCCUUUGGGGCCAAUGGAGCAAACCCCUUACAAACAAUGCAGAAUAUGAUUAACCAAACAAGCAGUACUAUCCAGCCAGGGUAUAGUGUGUCUGGAAAGACCGAGCCCAACUCCUCCCAGAAUAGUCUGUUACACUCGGCCCAGGUGACGGCAGUCCAACAAAUGUCCACCUCUGUCAUGUCCUCCACAAACACCACCCAACCCCCUGUAACAAAUUACCCUAGUCCGUCACUGACAAGACAUUCUCCAUACACAACUCAGGCACCAACACAGACCCCUGUGGGUAGCUCGGUAAAUAGCCGAUCACAGCGUCCAUUGACGCCAACUUACAAAAGCUCGAUUAUGCGGAACCAGCGUCCACCUAAUGUGAAUGUCGGACCUGAUGGACUGAACAUAUCUCGGCCACGAAGCUCCGGUGAUUGGCCUCGCCCGAUGAUUCCAGGCCAGCCAGGAGCUCGAAUGGCACCGGCCAACAAUGGAGCCAUGGGCAUGUCCCGAAUGCACAUGACUGCAACGGGACCUAACAUGAUGCCACAGUAUGGGAGUUACUCAAACCCUGGGGCCAUGCCUCCAGGCCAACAUGUGGCCCACAUGCACCAGUCCCAGAUGAGUGGUCUUCAGGGCCAAUCAUCUAUGAUGCACCAAGCAAAUCCACAAAUGCUACAAGUACAGCAGCAACAGAGUAUACAGAUGUCACAACGAAUGAGUGUCAGACCCCCUCCAAUGCAUUGUGCUCCAACGUCUUCAUCUCCGUACAGUCUGGGUUCCAGUGAUGUCAUUUCCACUACUACCACCACUACCAUACAUCCUUCAUUGAUCUUCUCAGACCCCUCCCAGCCAACAACUUUUACCCCACCCCUAUUCAAUCUGGAGGAUUCCUUUUUUUUUUUCACCUUUUUACUUCUUUUUUAUUCUUCUUUUUCUUUCAUCUUUUUCCUUUUUUUUUCCUUCUAUUGCUUUCUUUCUUUAUUUCUUCUUUUUCUCUUUCUUCUUUUUCUUUCUUUUUUCUUAUUUUUUCUAUUUUCCUUUUCUUUUCUAAGAAAAGAGAAAAGAAACAGAAAUUACAGAAUUCUAGAAAUGGCAAAGAAGACAAAAAGGAACCAGAAAAAACUCCUUCCUUUUUUCUUCUAUGAUUUUUUGUUUUUUCUUUAUGCUUUUUUCUUAAUUUGUUUUCUUCCUUUUUUCUCCUUUUUGCUUUUUUCUUCUUAUUUUAAUCCUUCAUAUUUUUUCUUUUUUUUCUCAUUGUUACAUUUUUCUCUUUCAUGCAAGAAGCAAGAGGGAGAAAAAAACUCCUUCUUGUAUUUUUAUCUUUCUUCUUUUUUUCCUCCUUUGUGCUUUUUUCUCCAUUUUGUUUUUUCCUUCUUGUCUUUUUAUCUUUCUUGA